UGCUGCUACUCGUCAGUGCGCCGGUGAUCGCCAUGGUGAAACCCGUGACGCCAUAUGCGACGUUCCUGUUGACGAUCGGCGCACUCACCAUGUUCGCCUCUGCCAAAGAUAUUCCGCUGAUUGACGUGACGGUGGUGGCCGGCGAGUCUGCACGCCUGCCGUGCAACAUAUCCACCAGCGACAUCGGCGACACGGUGCUGCUCGUGUUGUGGUACCGAGAGGACCUCGGCACACCAAUCUACAGCGUGGACGCCCGGGAGCGAGACUUCUCGCAGGCGGAGCUGUGGUCGGACGAGCGGGAGCUAGGCCGGCGCGCCUACUUUGUUCGCUCCGGGCAGACGGCGGCGCUGGCGCUGGACCAGACGCUGCCGCGAGACCAGGCCACCUACCGCUGCCGCGUCGACUUCCGCAUCGCGCAGACGCGCAACACGCGCGUCAACCUCACCGUCAUCGAACCGCCAACGCAUCUGGUGAUUCAGGAUGAGGCGGGAAACAAUCGAACAUCGGUAGUCGGACCAUACACCGAGGGAGACAGCCCUUUUCUCUAUUGUGACGUCUAUGGCGGUAAGCCCCGCCCCACGGUGGAGUGGUACCGGGACGACCGGCUGGUGACGAACAAGUCGGUGCAGGUGCCGGGCGGGCAGCUGCGCGCCGAGAUGGCGCUGCGGGCGCUGGGACGGCAGGACCUGCGCUCCAGCCUGCGCUGCCGCGCCUACAACAACCACCGCCGACCGGCGCUCGAGAGCACCGUCGUCGUCGACAUGAACCUGCGGCCCCUGGAUGUGCGGCUGCUGGGGGUGGGGCAGCCGCUGUCUGCCGGCCGCCGCUACGACCUGCUGUGCCAGUCUUCUGGGUCGCGGCCGCCCGCCAAAAUCACCUGGUGGCUCGACGGUGCCAGACUCGACGGCUCAAAAGAGACGCUGUCCGCCGACGGCAACACGACGACCAGCACGCUGUCGUUCGCGGCGAGCGUCGACGACGCAGACAAGCGGCUGGCCUGCCGCGCGGAGAACAGCGCCGUCUCCAGCGAAGCCCUGGAGGACGGCGCGCGCCUGCAGAUACACUAUGUCCCCGUGACGACGCUGAAGCUGGGGACGUCGCUGCGGCCCGAGAGCAUCCGCGAAGGCUCCGACGUCUACUUCGACUGCCACGUGAAGGCGCAGCCGCCCGUCACCCGCGUCGAGUGGAGGCACAACGGCCGUCCGCUGGGGCCGAGUGCUUCGCGCGGCGCCGGCGUCAUCCUCAGCAACCAGAGCCUGGUGCUGCAGUCGGUGGGCCGCGCCAGCGGCGGCAACUACUCCUGCGUCGGCGUCAACUCCGAGGGCGCAGGCGAGAGCAAGCCCUUCCACCUGGACGUGCUCUACGCGCCCACGUGCAAGCCGAACCAGAGCCGCGUUAUCGGAGUGGCCAAGAACGAGCGCGCCAACAUCUCGUGCGAGGUGGAGGCGAACCCGGCGGACGUGUCCUUCCAGUGGGCCUUCAACAACUCUGCGGACAGCCAGGACGUGGCGCCGUCGCGCAUCUCGCUGGCCGGCUCGGUCAGCUACGUCACGUACACGCCCGUCACGGAGCUCGACUACGGGACGCUGCUCUGCUGGGCGCGCAACCGCGUGGGCCGCCAGCGCUCGCCCUGCGUCUUCCACAUCGUCGCCGCCGGUCGCCCUGACCCCGUGCACAACUGCUCGGUGGUGAACGCGUCCACGGACUCUCUGUCGGUGCGCUGCUCCGAGGGCUUCAACGGCGGCCUGCCGCAGUCCUUCCAGAUCGAGGUGCGAGAGGCUCAGUCGCAGCACCUGCGGGCCAACGUGUCUUCAGCGACGCCCGCCUUCAACGUGGGCGGCCUGCGACCCGGCGAGCGCUACCAGGCAUCCGUUUACGCGCACAACCCCAAGGGCCGCAGCGACCCCUUCGUCAUCACCGCGGCCACCGUGCCCGCGCCUGAGCGGCAGCUCACUGCCAGCCACCAAGAGCGGCCGCGCGGCUCGCUGCUGACGCCGGCGCUGAGCGUGGUGGCGGGCGUGGCGGCGGCCCUGCUGGUGGUGUCGCUGGUGACGGCGACGCUGGUGCGCAUGCUGUGCCGGCGGCGCGCCCGCAGGCAGCGCCAGCGCCGCAAGCGCAACGACGCCGCCGACGCGCAGGCGGCGCCCAGCCCCGACAAGAGCGCCGCGCUGCCCGCCGCCGCCGCCAUCGCCGCCAAGGGCGACCCCGCCGCCGCCGUCGUGGCCGCCGCGCUGGGCGGCCCGGGCUACGACGGUGACGACAAGAACCCCGACGUCAUCCCUCAGCCUGCCGCAGUGGAACACGACGAGCACGCUGACUUCCUGGCAUCCUGUCACCAAAACAUAUCAACGAUUGAAGGCUCUUCGACGGGGGUGAUGUCGCCGAGCCGCGGUCGGCUGCAGAAGCAGCCGCAGAGGGCCGUCACGGGGCCGGGACCAGGUGGGGGCGGGCCCUACGGCAGCUACUGUACCCUGCGCAACGGACUGCCGCUCAGGGAGCUGGCCCCGGUCAGCCCGCCGAUGAUGCACAACCUGUCAAAGCUCCCGGAAGGAGCGUCCCACUAG